AACGAACCUCCAACGGAUCGGCGAUUCGCACCCAAAUCUAGCCGUCCAUCUCCCUCUCUCUCUCGUUCGUCCCUCUCUCUCUGCUCAAACUUUUUUCCCCCCUCUCUCUCUCUCUCUCUCUCUCUCAUCAACAAUUAAUCGCAGAAAUCGAGAAACCCGAAUGAAAGAGACCUGAUAAGACGAAGAAUUUCAUUUAAUUUAGGGUUUCCAAAUCUCUCUUAUUCUCCUCCCCUCCGGAUUCUGUUUCCCUCCAAGAAAGCUUUCCCCGCUUUGGUGUUUCCUGUGAUUAUUUUUUUCCAUUUUUUCGAGGUUGUAAGCUUGUUUUUCCGAUUCGAAGAAGUGGGGGAAGGUUUUCUGUAAUCUGGGGUCGUUUUAUUUUUCUUCUUCUUCGUUAUCGAAUCCCGAGAUUUCGUUUUGGGAAAUGGAAUUUUCGCGGGAAAGUACGAAUCGUUCUUGAUUAUCAGCUCUUUCGACGCCUCCUCGGGUCGUUUUAGGUCCUCCAAGGUAGUUUGGUCCUGUUCGUUUAUGAUCUUGGAGGAAAAAGAGCUGGUUUAAGGAGGGGGGAUAAUUGCAUACAGAAGUCCAUAAUUCAAGAGAGUGGAUUUGGGAACUUUAAUUCCGGGUUGUUUUCUACCUUGUUUGGAUUUAUCGUUAGUUGUAGAAUCAAAUUGUGUUGGAUUUGGAUUCAAAUUGAUUAGAGUUUGAAUGCACGUUGGUUUAUGGAUUCGGAGGCAUUUCCAUCUUCACUGGAUUUGGUGAAAUGCUGUAAUUGUCCGUGCAGUUGUUCAUUAUCCACUGGGCCAUCAACUAGUUGGCUUCGAUCUGUAAAACGGAAGCAUGACGAGUUGGAAUCGAAUAGCCCAUUUGCUAUUGUUGGGUUGGAUACUUUUUCUGUUAUACGGGUACAGGUUGAGAAUGAGUGUAAUGCUCUGCGCGAGAUGGUUAGUAAUCAAAAACAAGCAAUUCAGGAUUUGUAUACUGAACUCGAAGAGGAGAGGAAUGCUUCUUCAUCGGCUGCUAAUGAGGCAAUGUCAAUGAUAUUGAGGUUGCAAAGGGAGAAGGCAGAGAUCCAGAUGGAGGCUCGACAAUUCAAACGCUUUGCAGAAGAGAAGAUGGCUCAUGAUCAACAGGAGCUUGCAGUAUUUGAGGACUUGUUAUAUAAGAGAGAGCAAGCUAUUCAGUCUCUCACUUGCGAGGUACAAGCUUAUAAGCACAGGAUGAUGAGCUUUGGGCUAACAGAAGCUGAGGCAGAUGGUGAGCGGGGUCAGCAGAGUUGUAGCCAAAAUAUUGUGGAAUAUGAGGCACAAUGUGAAUCUCCCAUGUACGAUUAUCCUCCUCUUAAAUGCAACUUGAACGAGGCUCAUGGUCCUCUAGAUCACGAUAACGAUAUUGCUGAUAUUGAGAAAUAUGCCUUUGGUGAGACCCCGCGUAACCGCGAUCACGUUAUGAAUUUGGGAAAUAGGAUCAGCCAAUUGGAGAGAAGUUCUAGCACCAAUAACCAGCUAGAUGCGGACUUCUAUGGUACAAAGAACAUUUUAGAGAAGGUGGUAGUGGGGCAAUCUCCUAGGCGGUCAAGACAUUCUAGGAAGUUUUCGAAUGACUCUAGUUUCUUCAUGGGUAUGCCCCAAGUGAACGAAUCUCCGAGACAUGCCUCGAGCUUCAGGAAGGAAUAUGUCUUGCAGUCGCAGUGCGAGGAAUACUCUAAUUUGAGGAAAAUGGAUAAUGCAUCAGAAUUUGGAGAUGAUAUGAGUGAUAGAGUUUAUACCAUUGACUCCAUUCACAAUGGAGCGACGUAUAAUGGUUUUUCCGAGUCGAAACCAACGGUCGGCAUUUGUGAAGACUAUCUAACCACUCCCAGAGGCUCAAUGAAUCAGGUAGAUAUGGGGGAUCCAGAAAUCAAGAAACUUUAUUUGAGGCUUCAGGCACUUGAAGCUGACAGAGAAUCAAUGAGGCAAGCAAUUAUUUCGAUGCGGACCGACAAGGCCCAACUGGUGUUACUGAAAGAAAUAGCUCAACAUCUAUGUAAGGAGAUGACACCAGAGAGACAAGUAGUCGUGAAGAAGCCAUCCGUAACGAAGAGCUUUUCUUUCAUGUCGGUUUUUAAGUGGAUCGUAUCCUUCGUUUUUUGGAAAAGAAAAGCCCGUCGAAGCAAGUACUUGUUCGGGUUGUCGAAUGGCGUCGGUUUGCUAAUGCUUCUCGAGAAGGGUCCACACGUAAAGCAAUGGAGAUGUCUUUCAAGCGCACAAGUCUAAAACCACUCCCUUGAUGUUCAUAUCGAAUCAAAACCGACAUCCCAAGUAUGUGUAUGUCAAGUGAAUAUGAUUUCUCUUUUGGAUUUUUUUUUUCUUUUUUUGGAUUCGUUGUAGCGGCAGAGAAGGGUAGCGUGCGAGUCGUCGGUUUAUUUCAUUGUUUGGGGAUUGAUUGUACUUUGUUGGUUGAUCUGUAAAGCACAGAUAUGAUAUAUAGGAACACUUUGGUCGUAAUAUUGUUUCCUCGGAUUCUGAUGGAGGAAGCUAUCUUCUGAUAGUCCUCGCCUGUAUAUUUCAGAUUCUCUAAUGAUUUUAGCCUUUCCAAUGCCAUGGCUGCCUUCUUCCCCGACCA